GUGACUCAGGUAGAUAAAGACAAACACCUGCUUCAUUUCUCACUCUGCCAACAUGAAAACUGCCGUCCUGAUCUGUGCUGCUGUUCUGCUUUACCUGUCCGUUGUAACAGCAGCAGAUGACAUUCUUCAGCCACGAGAGGCCGACUGUGAGAAGUACGAGGAUUUAAAAUGCACCCGUGAGUAUGAUCCGGUGUGCGGUGACGACGGCGUGACGUACACGACGGAGUGUGUUCUCUGUCUGGAGAAUAAAACCCGAAACCAGCAUGUGAAGGUGAUGCACAAGGGAGAAUGUGAGAAGUCUAAAUAAGAAGACCUUAUGAAGAAGAUAUUUGUUUUCAUGAAUAAUUAAAAGAUUGAAGCAUUA